UUUCCCUGUCAUAAUACACUCAUGUAUUACCUCGUCGAGGAUCGAUUGCUUUUUCUUUCAGUUAACAGUACCAGCACGAAACCCCCAUGAAAACAGAGCCAAAUAUAGAAUAUCGCUCCUUUCCGAAUCGAUGUAACCAUUUUACGAAUGCUACUCAUUCCCUCAUGUCAGUCAGUCAAAGUCAAAAUCAGACAAAACUGGUAUUCAUACUAAAAAAUCCAAAUUUAAAACAAUUUUAUGUUUGAUUUUGUAAAAAUAAUAAGGACGUUCAUUGUUAAAUUAAAAUUAUUGUGUUAAAAUUAAUUCCUACUCAAAAUGGAGAAAACUCCGUCCAAAUGUGUUGAACCCAAAGCGCUCCGGCGAACAGUUCAAUUAGAGAACCUUGCAAAUCGCGAGGGAUGGCGUCCGAUGAUUCACAGCCCUACAGGAUCCAAAUAUGUUGGAUAUUGGCAUCAAAAUGAUAAACACGGUGUGGGUGAAUACAUAUCUCGUAAAGAUUGGAUGUUUUCCGGAUAUUUCGACCACAAUCAACCCUUUAAAUAUGGCGUUUCUGCGUUUGGGAAAGGUCGCAAUAUGUAUGACAUCCAAUACCGCGGAGAAUGGAAAGAUGGACACUUCCACGGCCAAGGCCACCUUCAUUUCCGAAAUGGGAGUAUUUUUAAAGGUACCUUCGAGUAUUCCAAACGCGAGGGCUAUGGUCAGAUGUGGUACACUAACGGUAGUUACUAUGAAGGAGACUGGGAGCAUGAUCUCCGCCACGGGAUGGGUUUCUUAGUAGAAAGAAGCGGUAAUCGUUAUGAAGGAUGCUUCUAUAAAGGGCGAAAACAUGGCCGCGGAGUGUAUUUCCUCCUGGCGACUGGGCAAUACAUGAAUGGCAUUUGGGAUAAGGACAUGUGCGUUUCCAGCAUCAUGGCGGAUAUUCCCUAUAGGCAAACAAGUUGCAUGCCAACAGAAUAUACAAUCAACGAAGUUAAACUGGAUAAUGAAGCGGGUCAAGUUGUAGACAUUGUAGAAACCACAUCAUUUAAAGUAGAAGACUGUACACCAUGCCAGAAUUCGCCCAUCAUAAACAACGACAGUAGCAAAGCUGGCAUGGCGGUGACUAUCAAUAACACAACGUCGAAAUUGAAAUAGUCUUAUCGCAUAGUUGCAUGUUUAGUGUAUAAAGUAAGAGUAAAACAAAUUACAGAAAAUAAUGUCAUUUGGGGUUUCACACGCUGUCACAACAUAAACAUACGGUUGUAAAACGAGCAUGAUAUGCAAUGGAAUAAUUAAAAUUUAACAUAAUAGGAA